AUGGUGGACAACUUCACAUAUCUGAGCAGCAUCCUCCUUCGCAGCACCAAAAUCGAUGGCGAAGUGGCCCACCGUAUUUCCAAAGCCAGUCUAGCCUUCGGCCGUCUGCAGAAUACCGUCUGGGACCGUCACGGUCUCCAUCUCAACAAGAAGCUGAAGAGGUAUAAGGCAGUCAGCCUACUGACGCUGUUGUAUGAAGUGAAGACCUGGCCGGUCUAAAAAAAGCAGGCGCAGAGACCCAAUCGCUUCCACCUCAGCUGUCUCUGAAGGAUACUGGAGGCGAAAUGGUAGGAUCGGAUCCCCGACUGGAGCGAACGCGAAUCCCCAGAAUUUACGCCAUGCUGAGACAACUGCAACUGCAUUGGAGCGGCCACCUCUUGCGGAUAAACGACGAGCGGCUACCCAAACGAUUCUUCUAUGGAGAUGUCGCCAUGUUUUCCUGCCGCCAAGGAAACAAAAUCCGUCGAUACAAGGACACUCUAAAAGCCUGCUUGAAGAGUCUGCAGAUUAACCCGGCCAACUGUAAAGACCUUACUCGAGAUCAACCGAGAAGUACGGUGAAGACAGGCGGAUCUGUCGAGUAGGCAAAUCGCAUAGCCGCCGCAAAAGCCAAACGAGAAACACGCAAGUGUUAGCUGCGCCCAAUCUGCAAUGCCAAUGUCCAGUCGCCCCCAACGUGUCCGCGGUGUCAUCGGAAAUUCCGGGCGACAAGUGGACUUGUUGGACGCCUUCGGACCAACUGCAGCACUCGGGCUGCAUUAGCCGUCGUACCUCCGUCCACACCUUCCUCGUCCUCUACGCUGUCAACUAGUUCUGACCGUCCUCCUGAACCAUCACUUCCGUCCUCCUCCUGUCCCCCACCGCCUUAAGGUCCGCCGCUGUAGCAUUUGCCACACCCACCAGCAUUACAAACAAUCCAGACACACCAACACCACCACCGUCGACACCAGUAGAGGGGGUCUGGUUUCCACCUGUCCUCAUUGAGACUGCACCUCCAGCUCAUAAAUUGGCCUGGUCGGUCACUUGCGAAUCCAUCAUACAGAGACUGGCAAACCAGUGCCUGGAGCACCAACCUGGAUCCGCCGCAUCCGCCACCACUGUUCACAUUCCCUCGCACAUUCAUGCACCUCAUGGGCCUAUUCAGCCAUAUGCGUAUCCACGAGAGCGAAAAUGACCGCAGCCCUGACAUACCCAGCACACCCACCAUAACUAGCCCGGCCCACGCUCAACAGACCAGCGUGCCCAUCGCCACUAGCUCCACCACACUCAGUAUAUUUUGCACAUCAGCUAUGCUCUGCGCAAACCACGCCCCAUCGCCCAACGCGCCCAACGCCACCACCGAAGUUGAAGAUGAUACCGCCGACUUUUCAUGUCCGCAGUGUCUCCGGAAAUUCACCUCACGCAUCGGCCUGGUCGGCCAUUUGCGGAUCCAUUGCACGGAGACUGGCGAUCAGUGCCCGGAACGCUAA